UCCUGGCAUCGAGGCCUUGCAGAUGGCGGGGGCCGGUUCCGCCUCUGUGUCCGGGGCAGGGACGCCGGUGGCGGGGCCCUCGGGCCGCGACCUUUUCGCCGAAGGGCUGCUUGAAUUCCUGCGACCGGCUGUGCAGCAGCUCGACUCUCACGUGCACGCCGUCAGGGAAAGCCAGGUAGAGCUUCGGGAGCAAAUUGACAACCUGGCGACCGAGCUCUGUCGCAUCAAUGAGGAUCAGAAAGUGGCCCUGGAUCUCGACCCUUAUGUAAAGAAGCUUCUCAAUGCUCGGCGCCGAGUCGUCUUGGUUAACAACAUUCUGCAGAAUGCCCAGGAACGGCUGAGAAGGCUAAACCACAGUGUUGCCAAGGAAACUGCCCGCCGAAGGGCAAUGCUGGACUCAGGAGUUUACCCCCCUGGCUCCCCAAGCAAGUAAAAGGCCAGAAGAUGGGCCUGGAGCCUCAGAAUAGCACAAGUACUAAUGCUCAGCUGCCUGAUAGAAAACAGAGUCUUAAGUGGGAAGCCCUAUUGUUAUAUAAUGCACUUAAGUCUUGCUAAUUUAUGGGGGG